AUGACGAACAAGGAAGAGCCCGUCCAUACUGCUGAGUGGAGAUGUCACAAGUGUCGUAACAUCUGGUGGGAGUGGAAAAAGUCAGCGCCAAAUGAACAAAAAGGAAUCAUCACGUUCAACCAUCAUGAGUCUUUUGCCGCCCUCGAAGAGUCGGCUGCUGCAGGUUGCUCCCUCUGCGCCAGCUUCCGAGCCUCAACUAUCUACCACGACUCAUACCCAAAAGAUCGAAACUCGGGCCCGGUCGUGCUUGAGGUGUUAAAGUCGUCUUUCAGCCCCCACAUCACUUUCAAGAUUGGCAAAUCCGAACAUUAUGAAAGCUUUGAGUUUUCAAAGCUUCAAUAUGGACUCCUUGGUGGGAUCAAAGGGAGAAGGCUCCCUGCCAAACGGCUUGCUCCAGGCUCUCUCGAUUAUGAUCUCGAUCACCUCGUUGAAAAGCUCAUAAAGCCAUGGAUCCAUGACUGCACAACCGGCAAGGGCCUUCAUAAGGAUUGCGAUCGCCGAAAGAGAGAACAGGGCGACACCCAGUCCGUUCCAACGCGGCUGAUCGAUGUUGGCCAUGACCAGUCCAGUACUGUCCGACUAGUUGUCCCUGCAGAAGACUUCCCGACCGAAAAGCCCAAUUAUUUAGCCCUCAGUUACUGCUGGGGCCUUGGGAAUGACCCUGCCAAGACGACCCGCGACAACAUCAAGGACCGACGACAAGCCAUCGACACGGCCCAGCUCCCGAAGACGAUUCAAGAUGCAAUCAAGUUGAGCCAGCUUGUGGGUGUUCGUUAUCUAUGGGUAGAUGCCCUUUGCAUCAUUCAAUCUCACGAGAAGGAUAAAUACUUUGAAGACUGGAAGGCAGAGGCCCCAAAAAUGGGCUCCUAUUACUCCAAUGCCCACUGUCUCAUCGCAGCAUCCGGAGCAUCAGACAGCAGCGAAGGACUCUUCGCCGAGCGGGUCGCCCAAAAGUAUCCAGCACAGGCCUGUGUUAUCUCUUUUGAUCCCGAAAGCAGCGAGUACAUGUACUUCCCAUGUCCAUCCCCAAACAUCCUGGACUGGCUCCCACGAGAGCCUCUGAUGACACGAGGCUGGUGCCUCCAGGAAACGACACUGUCCGUUCGGACUCUCCACUGGUCAAGUCUCGGUUUGUUCUGGGAGUGUCCGGGCGUAUCUUCAGCUUCAGAAUUCCAACCCGAGGGCUGGGAGGUGUGGGAGACUGGUCCUGAAGACAUGUAUCGCAUCUUUCAUUUGAAAGCAGAGAAGGCCCUGGGACCGGUAUGGACUCAGCUUGCUGGAAACUACCUCUCCAGAGGUUUCACCUUCAAGACGGAUCGUCUCAUUGCCGUCCAGGGCCUGGGGAGACGGCUUGCUGCUAUGCACGACACGGAAUACUUUGCAGGCAUCUUUAGCUCCAAUCUCGCAGAUGGAUUACUAUGGGCGGCAUAUGACGAGAUUAAAAAUCGCGAGAAACUCAAGCACUUUCCAACGUGGUCUUGGGCUUCCUGCGGCUCCAAGGCCUAUUUCACCGGACCCUUGGCUUACAAAUACGCCAAACCCUCCAAGUCCGGCAUCUUUCCCCCGGUACGCGAUGAGAUGGACUUUAGCGACGAUUCAAAGAGGACGCUGCGUUUGGAAGCCCCCCUAAUGACGAUCGACUUUGGAGACGAGACCAAUCAGGAUGACAUGAAGGUCACACUUGAACAGGGACAGUACGCAGUUGACCUACAGUUCGAUACACUGGAUCUUACGCCUUCGCCUCUAGGAAAGAUUCUCAUUCUUCUAUUGGGAUGUCCGGAAAGCCGCGACCUUCCGUACAAGGGCCUGGUUCUUCGACCUCAGGGUAAUAUGUAUGAACGGAUUGGCCUAGUUAUUUUGACUCUCUGGGGAGAUGCAGAACCACUGGAUAAGUGUCUUGACUCUUGGAGAAAGGACGUUGCUUUGAUCUAG